CGGAAGAGAGCAUGGGUUCCUCGGGUUUGAUCGAGGCUUUCGAGCGCCGCUUCCUGGCGGCGCGGCCUCUGCCGUCCUUCCCGUGGCGGAGCCUUGAAGAGAAAUUAAAGAAUUCAUUGGAUUCUGAGCUGCUGCUGAAUAUUUUGCAAAAGACAGUCCUGCAUCCACUCUGUGUGAAACAUCCACCAUCAGUGAAAUACACUCAAUGCUUCCUCUCUGAGCUAAUUAAGAAGCACGAGGCUGCUCACACAGAGCCUUUGGAUGAGCUCUAUGAAGCAUUAGCUGAAAUUCUGUCUGCUGAGGAAUCCACCCAGGGCCACCGGAGUUAUUUGCUGCCCUCAGGAAAUUCAAUCUCACUCUGUGAAAGUACAGCAAUCAUUUCUCAGGGAACCACAGGCCUGGUCACAUGGGAUGCCGCUCUCUACCUCGCAGAAUGGGCCAUAGAAAACCCAGAAGCCUUCACUAAUAGAAGAGUCUUGGAACUUGGAAGUGGAGCUGGUUUUACAGGCCUGGCUAUUUGCAAGAUGUGCUCUCCCACAGCAUAUAUUUUCAGUGACUGUCACAGUCAGGUUCUUCAGCAACUCAAAGGAAAUAUCCUCCUAAAUGGCUUCUUACUAAACCCAGAUUCUACUGCACCCUUGCAACCUUCCAUUAGUACAUUGGUCUCACCAAAGCCCAUUGUGAUGGCUGUUCAGUUGGACUGGGAACAAGUUACUACCAAACAACUCUCUGUCUUCCAACCAGAUGUCAUCAUUGCAGCAGACGUGCUAUAUGAUCCAGAGAUCAUCCUCUCCCUCAUUGGAGUGCUGCAAAAGCUCUCUACUUGCCAGGCAGAUCAGAAGCCUCCAGAGAUAUACAUUGCCUUCACUGUAAGGAACCCAGACACUUACCAGAUGUUCAAAAUGGAGCUUAGUAAAGUUGGAAUUGGAUGGCAGAAGCUUCCUAGUCACAACCAGAAAAUGUUUCCAUAUGAAAAACAUUCAGAGAUGGUAAUUCUAAGAUUAUUGGUGUAGAUUGUGUAAAUAUUUCAAGACUACUAUAAAAAAUGAGAUGAUUAUUAGGAAACAAUUUAUGUUGCAGCUCCUGCAUAAAACUUGAAUUAUUGGAACAAUUAUUUCCUUAUAAAGAAAAAGGAAAUGUGACAUAUAGUUGUUGCUAUAUGAACAACUCCCUAUAAAUCACUAAAAAUGAGUGAAAAUACAAGUAUUUGACUUGUAAAGAUAAAAUUCAGAGUCCUUUUUCUUCCCAUGUUAACAUUAGCACACGUGAAUUAUUUCAACUUCCAAGAUUUUGACUUCUGAACUUCUUUCUCUACUGCAGCCUCCCCAUUUCAUUCUGAAUGUAAUUCCUGAUCCCUCGCUGGCUCUUCUUGCCACCCUCAGGCAUCUUUGGCAGUCAUUUUAAACUUGUUCUCACUAGUACUUAGCACCUUUUGGCCUUUCACUCUCCUCCAUUCACCACUGCCUAGCCUAGGUUAGUGUCAAUUAUCUGAGCUUCUGAGUUGUCAUGUGUUACAAGAGAAAAUCCUAACUUUCUGCUAAUGGGCUGUAUUUGUGUUUUCUGGCUUCUGCUGGGCCCUUGGUGUUUCCUGUGUUCGUUCUAUUCUGGACAUUUCAAACUUUUCUAAUGUCCUAAUCUCUUCUCUUAAUCUUCUGAUGGCAUUUCCUACUUUUCUAAUACAGUCAAGAUUACCUGAUGUGAACUAUCUCAGUGUCCUUCUUUUCCACCUGGAAGAAUUUCUGUAUUCCCAUUCUUUCUUCUCUGACUUCUCAAAGGAAGAAUUACAGGAUUUUAGAGUUGGAAGGGACCUUAAAGAUAAAGUCUAUUCUCUCAUUUAUUUUUAGAAAUCUUCCUCUUAAGUAUGAACAUUCCCCUCAGGUUCUCUCCUCAGCUUUUGCUUCUAUACUUGCACCAGCAUCACACACUCAACAUCUCCAGCUAACAGCUGCAUGGAGAAGAUGGCCAAGUCUAGCUCUCCAUGACCCCAAGUUUUCCAGAAUCAAACUUCCAACUACUUCUGGAAAGCACUUCAAGGAAACAAGUCUAAAACUGCCCAAAGGCAUCAAAGAAAUAAUAGCUAAUAAUAAGUAGCAUUUAUAUGCUGCUUUAAAAUUUGUAAGUCUUUCAUUUAGUAAAUUGUCUAAACUUCAUUACAACCCUGUGUGGUAGGUGAUAUUUUUAUCACUGUUUUUAUACAUAAGGAAACAGAGUUACAGAAAAAUUAAAUGACAACCAAAAGUCACUUAGGUAAGGAGUGUUUGAGGCAGAAUUUGAACUCAGGUCUUUGCGUCUCCAAGUCCAGCACUGUGCCACACCUAUAUUUAGCUACCAUAAAGAUUACAAAGCACUUUGUAAAUAUAUCAUUUGAUCCCCACAACAACCUUGGAAGAUAGGUGCUGUUAUUAUUCCUAUUUUACCAAUAAGGAAACUGAGAUGGUAGUUAAGUUCAGGGUAACAGCUAGUAAGUGUUUGAGGCUAGAUUUGAACUCAGGUCUUUAAUGACUUAAAGUAUAGCAUCAAGCUACAAAAAUAUUUAUGGGGACUUUUCUAUAUUAGCAAAAACCUAGAAAUUAAGGGGCUGCCCAUCUACUGGGGAACAGCUAAACAAAUUGUGAUAUAUAAAUGGAUUGGAAUGUUAUUGCACAGUUAAAGUAAUAAAAUUGACAUUUCAGAGAAAACUGGGAAAACCAGUAUCAACUUACUAUAGCUUAAAAUGAGCAAAACUAGGAAAUGUAUGAUAGUAUUAUAAAAACAACCUUGAAAGACUUGAGAAAUCCCAUCAAUUCAAUGACAAACUACAAUUCUAGAGGACAUAAUAUAAUGAAGCAUGCUACCUACCUCUAACAGGAUGAUGGACUAGAGAUACAGAAUAAGGCAGAAUUCUUUUGGACAUGGCCAAUCCAAAUUUGAUUUGCUGUGUAUUUUUGUUAAGAAGAUUUUUUUUUAUUGUUUUUGUUUGAGAGUAGGAGAAAGAUGAAAAGAGAAAAAUCCCUGCUUUCCCCAAAAACUUAUUCCUUUUCCUGUUUUUUUCCCCCUGUAUAUAAACAGUUUUACUAUCUUCUCUAGCUUAAACAAUCAGGUGUGGCUGAAAUAAUCCUCUCUCUUCCCAAAAUUUCAAUCCCCUCCUUACCUACAACUCUAGUUCAGGCCCUGUUGACCUCUCAUCCUGCUUUUUGUUGCUUUGCCUUUGGAAAGCUUCAAGUAUUAUAUGAAUGUAAGGUCAUUAUUUUUCAUAGCCUUGUUCAGAUAAUACUUCUUCCAUGAAGCUUUUCAUAAUCCUCUCUGAAUCUCAAGACAUUCUUUUCCCUCUCCUAUAUAUUUAAUCAUUGUGUAAUAUAUUAUACAUGUUUCUUCCCUCUGUAAAACUAUGUAUUACUUAAGGACAAGAAUGCAAUUUUUUUCAACUUUGUAUCUAUAGCACUUUAGCAUGUUGCCUUUUAUACAGCAAGUUUUAUUUAAAAGAUAAAUAAAUCUUUAGCCAAAGUACUCAAAUGUGAGUAAACAAAGGGAGCACAGUCCAUUCUCAGCUUUCAUCCCAGCGAAAUUGUUUUGAUUCCUUAAGAUUUUUUCUGAACUAGUUCACUUAGUUAUCAGGACUGUAAAAUUCUGAGAAGAACAUCUAUAAAAGAGAAAUAAAAGAUGAAGGUCCCACCACAUUGGGCUUAUUCAUUACCCUCUUCUCCCUCCUCUCAUCAGGAAGUGGGACCCUAGAAACCUAGUUUUCUUUUACCAUUCCCACCAAGGAUGCCAUUAGAAAAUGAGAGACAAGACAAGGAUGAGGAUAGAAUGCAAUGGAGCUCAAAAAUCUUAAGCCCAACAUCUAUCUCUACCUUUAGCUGGGCUACAAGGUCCUUAGAGUCCAUAAAGACCAUGGCAUUUUCUUCAUGUUUCACAAGUUCAUGUAAACUGCAAAAAAAAAAAAAAAAAAAAAAAAGGAUUGAAACCAUCCUUGGAGGAAGAAACAAAGAAUCAUUGCACCCUCCUCCUGUUAUAAUUUCCUACUUUUAAGUGCAAAGGGAAUAAGAAAAAAUGUUUUUAAUUUGUUCAUUGUAAUAUGCAUCCGAUAAAGGUUCUGAUAAAGGCCUCAUUUCUAAAAAUAUAUAAAGAACUGACUCAAAUUUAUAAGAAUUCAAGCUAUUCUCCAAUUGAUAUUUUCAGAUGGUAGUCAUAUGAAAAGGUGCUCCAAAUCACUAUUGAUCAGAAAAAUGCAAAUUAAGAAACUCUGAGAUACCACUACACAACCUGUCAAAUUGGCUAAGAUGACAGGAAAAGAUAAUGAUGAAUGUUGGAAGGGAUGAAGGAAAAGUGGGACACUGAUACAUUGCUGGUGGAACUGUGAAUGGAUCCAACCAUUCUGGGAAGCAGUUUGGUACUAUUCUCAAAAAGUGCAUACCCUUUGAUCAAGCAGUGUUUCUACUAGGCUUAUAUCCCAAAGAGGUCUUAAAGGAGGGAAAGGGACCCACAUGUGCAAAAAUGUUUGUGGCAGCCCUUUUUGUAGUGGUUGGAAACUGGAAACUGAGUGGAUACCCAUCAGUUGGAGAAUGGCAUAAAUUAUAGUAUAUGAAUGUUACGAAAUAUUACUGUUCUGUAAGAAACGACCAGCAGGAUAAUUUCAGAGAGGCCUGGAGAGACUUACAUGCACUGAUGCUAAGUGAAAUAAGCAGAAACAGGAGAUCAUUAUACAUGGCAACAAGAAGACUAUACAAUGAUCAAUUCUGAUAGACGUGGCUCUCUUCAACAAUGAGAUGAUUCAAACCAGUUCCACUAGAAUAUGAAGAGAGCCAUCUACACCCAGAGAGAGGAUUUUGGGACCUGAGUGUGGACCACAAUAUAGCAUUUUCACUUUUUCCGUUGUUGUUUGCUUGAAUUUUGUUGUCUUUCUCAGUUUUUUUUUUCUUGAUCUGAUUUUUUUUGUGCAGCAAGAUAAUUGUAUAACUGUAUACAUAUGUUGGAUUUAACAUAUAUUUCAACAUAUUUAACAUGUAUUGGACUACUUGCCAUCUAGGGGAGGGGAUGCAGGGAAAAUUUGCAACAGAAGGUUUUGCAAGUGUCAGUGUUGAAAAAUUACUUAUGUAUAUGUUUUGUAAAUAAAAAGCUUUAAUUUAAAAAAA